AUGGGAGAACAAGGAUCUUCUUCCAGCACCACAACAUCUCCUUCCUUAUCGGAAUCCAUGGCAAACUUCACUGUUCCAACGCCGUUGAAGUUUCUCAUGUCGAACCUGAAGUCCAUCGUCAAUGUUCAGCUGUCAAGUGACAACUACGCGAUCUGGAGACUUCAGAUCUUCAAAUCAUUCUCUGCGAAUGGUUUCGAUGGAUAUCUCACCGGAAAAUCUACUUGCCCAUCUGAGCAGAGCACCGACAACCGUCUAUGGAAGCUCAUAGACCAGAAUCUGGUCUCUGCACUGAUUUCAACCAUCUCACCUUCAGUUCUGCCUUAUAUCAUUCAUCUAUCCACCUCGAGCGAAAUCUGGGCGACGCUCGAAACCUGGCUGCAACCCACGAACAGAUCGAGAGUAAUACAGCUCAAACAUGAGCUCCACAACGUGAAGAUGGGGAACCAGUCGAUUGCGCAAUAUCUCACUCAAAUCAAAACCAUUAUAGAUAAUAUCGUAGCGGCUGGAUCGAAUGUGGAUUCUGAAGACAUAAUAAUCUUCAUCUUAAAUGGGCUACCGGCGACUUACAACCCUCUUUAA